AUGGUGACCAGGAAGGUGGACUGGUGUCUCUUGUCUUCUAUUGUUCUGAGGGGCAGGGGAUUCAGAAAAGGAAUUUUAGAUGACACUUUGCCUAAAAAGGAGAAGAAUGCACUGAUGCCUAUUUUUAAUUAUAUCUACAGCAGUUUUAGUGAGAAGUUAGAGCUGAACAAAUGCAGAUGUCUGGAGUGGAUUGAUGUCCAGGAAAUGGAUGAUGUGAUUGUGACAUGCCAGGAAAGUCCAGAUGAACAUCUAUGGGAAGUCGCUGUCCCCAAUAGCAACACAGUGGAGGAAAGUAUUAGAUUAGGAAGGACUUUUAAUUUGAGGUCAAACUCUAUGUCAGAGCUCAUUAGGAAUAAUGGGAACUACUUAGGGAUGAGGACUGAGGAGUUCACUGUGUGUCAGAACAUACUUCUCCAUAGUAAGUCUGCUGAAGCCAGGCCUCAUGUCUCUUGUAUAGUUGAAAAAUCCCUCAGACAUUUGAAGCAUUUUAGUCAACAUUAUGAGAGUCCAAAUGAGCAGAAGUAUUUUGAAUAUGGUGGAGAAGGGAAGGCAUUAACCUCAGAGACCACAUUCUUUACACAAAAUUGUUUUUUUGUGGGUGAUCUCUCCUAUAAGCAUGAUAAAUAUAGGAAAGACUAUGAAAAAUCUGCUCUCAUUGGCCAGGGAAUACCUCAUAUAGGGAGGGAAACACCUGAAUGUACUAUAUGUGGGAAAACAUUCUACAUAAGUCCUACACUCACUGCACAUCAGAAAAUACUCACAGGAGAGAAUCCCUGCAUAUGUAGUGAAUGUGAGAAAUCCUUCAGUGAGGAAAUAUACCUUUCAAAAUAUCAAAGCAAAUAUCCAGAGAAGUCCUUUAAGUAUACCAAAUAUGCAGAAUCUAUCUUUCAGAAGUCAGACUUGACUUUACAGCCUCAAACUUACAGAGAAGAGAAACGCUGUGAAUGUGAUGAAUGUAAGAAAUCUUUUACCCAGAUUUCUGCUCUCAGCUGGCAUCAGAGAACUCUCACAGAGGAGAAAACUUAUGCAUGUAACAAAUGUGGAACAUCUUUCACCCAGAAGCUAGACCUUAGUGUUCAUCAGGGAAUACACACAGGAGAGAAACCUCAUGAAUAUAACAAAUGUAGGAACCGUUAUGUUUGCAACAUAUGCAAAAAGUUUUUUAGGCGGAUGUCCUAUCUCAGAUUGCAUCAAAGAAGACACACAGGAGAGAGGCCUUAUGUAUGUAACACAUGCGGAAAGGCUUUCACGCGUCGGACAAGUCUCUCUUUACAUCAGAGAAGACACACAGGAGAGAAGCCUUAUGAAUGUAACACGUGUGGAAAGGCUUUCAUGCAAGAAUCAAUCCUCAAUGCUCAUCAGAGAAUACACACAGGAGAGAAACCUUACGCAUGUAACACAUGUGGAAAGGCUUUCACACGAAAGUCACAACUCAGUGUGCAUCAAGCAACACACACAGGAGAGAAACCAUAUGAAUGUAAAAAAUGUGGAAGGUCUUUUAUGCAAAACUGUGUCCUCAGAGUGCAUCAGAGAACACACACAGGAGAGAAGCCUUAUGAAUGUAACACCUGUGGAAAGGCUUUCAUGCAGCGGAAAAGUCUCUGUUUGCAUCAAAAAAGACACACAGGAGAGAAGCCUUAUGAAUGUAACACCUGUGGAAAGACUUUCACGCAGCGGACAAGUCUCUGUUUGCAUCAAAAAAGACACACAGGAGAGAAGCCUUAUGAAUGUAACACCUGUGGAAAGGCUUUCGUGCUGAAAUCAAUCCUCAAUACUCAUCAGAGAACACACACAGGAGAGGAACCUUAUGAAUGUAAAAAAUGCGGAAAGUCUUUUAAGUGGAGCUCAUGUCUCAGAACUCAUCAAAGAAUACACACAGGAGAGAGACCUUACGAAUGUAACAAAUGUGGAAAGACCUUCAAGCGAAAGUCACAUCUCAAUGUGCAUCAAAGGAUACACACAGGAGAGAAACCUUAUGAAUGUAACACAUGUGGAAAGGCUUUUAAGCAAAAAUCACAUCUCAGUGUGCACCAAACAACACACACAGGAAAGAAACCUUAUGAAUGUAACACAUGUGGAAAGGCAUUCACGCGAAAGUCUUAUCUCAGCAAGCAUCAAAGAACACACUCAGGAGAGAAAGUUUAUGAAUGUAACACUUGUGGAAAGGCUUUCAAGCAAAAAUCACAUCUCAGUGUGCACCAAACAACACAUACGGGAAAGAAACCUUAUGAAUGUAACACAUGUGGAAAGGCAUUCGAGCAAAAGUCGUAUCUCAGCAAGCAUCAGAGAACACACUCAGGAGAGAAAGUUUAUGAAUGUAACACAUGUGGAAAGGCUUUCAAGCAAAAAUCACAUCUCAAUGUGCACCAAACAACACACACAGGAAAGAAACCUUAUGAAUGUAAUACAUGUGGAAAGGCUUUCAAGCGAAAGUCAUAUCUCAGGAAGCAUCAGAGAACACACACACACGAGAGAAACCUUAUGAAUGUAAUAUGUGAAAAGGCUUCCAAACAAAAGUCAUGUCUCAGUGUGCAUCAGAGAAGACACAGGAGUGAAAUCUUAUGACUUUAACAAAUGUGGAAAGGCAUUUAA